AGUAGUCUCAACUCUCAACUCUAAUACAGCAAAUCUUUUUUAUGAUUUUUACGGUAAAAACAACACAGCCAAUUUCUUAUGAUUAUCAGUAAUUCUUGUACUUAGGACUUGUGUCCAUUAGAAGCAAGCUAUUAUAGUCUCAGAAGUCAAAGGGUAAAGCAUGAUGCCCGUAACACAAGCGAGUUUCCCAAUCAUGGAAGCUCUUGCUUUUCAUAAAGCUUUUUAUCGUCUACAAUAGUGGUAAUAAGGGAUGAUCAAAAGGGGAUGCUUCUAUUGAAACUGAAACUUAGAGAACCAUGACACAAUUUUCUUCAUAUAGAAAUAAAUUAAACCUCCUUCAGUAGAACCAAAUUCUCACAUAGAAUAUGUCUGCUCCUGCAGCUCCAGUUGCUAUAGGCACAAGAGGCACUAUUGGAUCUCUUGUAAAGAAGGAAAUUGAGUACUUCACAAAGUUUGAUUUAGAUAAACGAGGGACUUCACAUAAGCCUCAUCAGCCACACCUCGUGGACAUGGUUUCCACCACGUUCAGGACUAGUUUCUGGGUGUUGCUAAUGAUAGGGAAGAAGAGGAAGCGAAGAAGCACAAAUGGGUUCCUCCCAAGAAUGUGUUCUGUUUCACAAGUGGCAGAAAGCAAUAUUCCAAUGAACAGAAUUCCUGGUUACAACUACAGGAUCCUCAAGAACGAUAUCGAUAACUUGCAACUCUGAUUGACUUUCUGCAUUACAUGCGAUGAAGCAUGCAUGCAUGUUCAUCUUAUGUUUGUCACGUGUUGUUAUCACAUUGAGCCAUUUUCUUGUUAUCUUGAGCUUCAUGUAUUUCUAUUUCUCUGCAAUCUCGUUGGUGUUUUGGGACGGCCAAGAAGAAAAAUGAAUAAUCAGAUCAUAUCAUAGGACAGGGAAGGAAUGCCAUGCCUGUUGAUUAAUGAAUCUUGCGUUUAUGUGACCAAUUUGUAUUCAAUAUUCAUCAAACCUAAUACUAAACAACGCAUGAACUAUAAAUGAUUUAUUA